GAGUUAUCGGCCUUGGACCAGAGCGCGAUCAUUUUGGUUGUCUCUCACAGACGAAUAUAGACAAUGGUAUCAAGUACAUUACUGAUUAGGCAUCUGCCAUCAGAUCUCACACCAGCGGAUAAAGAUGACCUGUUGCGUCACUUCGGUGCUGUCAGCGUGCAGUUUAUGGGGACUACAGGUCCGAUGAAACAUGCAGCAUUUGCUGGAUUCACUGACCAGGCCCAAGCUGCCAAAGCUCUUACAAGACUGCAUCAGCUGGAUGUCCUAGGAUCAAGACUAAAAGCAGAAUUUGCUAAAGAGAGCCUUGCCCCUGACAGAAUAAAGACAGAUCAGCCUUGGACAAAAGAGAAAGUAGCAGACAAUAAUACGAAAGAGAAAGAGGCUAUUGUACCCCCUUCUUUUGAUGAUGUUUACCACAAGUGGAGCAUCAACUACCCUCGCAACCCACGACUUCACUACAUGUACCCCCCACCCACAGUUUCCAUCCUCACCAACAUUGCUAAUGCUUUAGCAUCCUAUCCUAAGUUUUAUGUUCAAGUACUGCAUCUCAUGAACAAGAUGAACGUCCCCACCCCUUUCGGUGUUCUCACUACCACGCCACCUAUCCCUGCAGAUUUGAAACAUCAAGCUGAAGAAAAGUCAGCUGCGAAUAUUUCAGCGAAAUCUACAAGCUCUGAAUCGGAAAUAGAGAGUGGAGGUGAAGGAAAAUCUUUAGAUGUCCAUGUCCCUGAUCAGAUUUAUGCAAGAAAGCGAAAGAGGAGUCACAAGAAAGCCCGGCUUAUGAUACAACCCCUGGCAGAGGUUACAGCUCAAGGUUCUGUUCCUCCCGACCAGAUCGUAAAACCAUCAGAGGUCUUUGAACAGGUACAAGACAAACCUGCCCAGAAGAAGAUCCAGUUGAAGCUUCCUUCAUUGGUGUCUAGCACAGCUCAGGAGGAAACUGGUGUUGCCAAGAUGGACACCACAGAGUCAACUUCACGUUUGAUGCAAGACGAAGAGACAGGAGGCUUCGGGAGGAUGGAGCCUGUCCAGAAGGAGCUUGAGGACAGUGCCCCUCCUGAAGAAGAUGACUGGGUUAGACAUGGCUUUGUUUCCCAGGAGGAGCUAGAUAGAGGCAGGUUACCAAUGUCGGAACUCAAGGAACUAUCUGUUUUCAGGAGGUAUGAAAGAGGAGAGCCAAGUUGUCGACUUUAUUUGAAAAACCUUGCUAAACAAGUAACUGAUAACGAAUUGCGGUUCAUAUAUGGUCGGUUCAUUGAUGUGACAAACGAACAAGAUCUAAAUAUAUUUGAUGUGCGUCUCAUGAAGGAAGGUAAAAUGAAAGGUCAGGCCUUUGUCACUUUCCCAAGUGAAGAUAAGGCCAUUCCUGCCUUGGAACAAACAAAUGGUUACAUUCUUAAUGGCAAACCCAUUGUGGUGCAGUUUGCAAGAUCAGCUAAGCAGAAGUGAGGAUUUGUGUGGAAUGUUUGUUAUUGCCUAGCUGGUAUUACAUGGUCAUUUUGAGAUCAUUGCUGUGUUUGUGUUUUACCAACCAGAGAGGAUUAUCAGAUCUUUCUUUGUCAUGCCAAAAUCAUAUGUUCAACAAAAGCAUGCAUUCAUUUUGAGAUUCAGGGGCAGAAAAUGGUCUCCACUGUCAAAAUCUUGUCAUAUAACCCUCAAAUAAGCAAGAAUUGGGUGAUUACAAUGAACAACUUUGUUGAUGAUGUAUCACUGUAUCCCAACUACAUGCUCAUGCUAUUACAUAGUAUUUAUGAUACUGACUAGGUAUUAGUUACCGGUAUACCGCAAUACGCUUUUCAAAUGAUACUUAUUGUAAUAUUUUUUUCUGAGAACAUGUAUAUUGGGUAAAAAACAUAUGAAUUGUUUGUGAUUAUCUUUAUGGUUAAAAUUAAAAUCUAUACAGACUUUCAUUCACAA